AUCAUAGCUAUUUGUAGAACAUGGCAUGGCUGACGAGUGCAAAAUACAAAAAAACCGAAAUGUGUUAUUUUAUUUAAUACUACAUGUUUUUGCACACAACUACAUCAAAUGGUUCAAAAAGGUACAUUGGUCACUAUACAAGAUACAUAUAGAUCUAAAAAUACCCCCAAGAUAUUGUAAAUAAUUUUACUGAUAACGUUUGAGUCGAAAUAUCCAGGAACGAACUGUUUGAGACUGAAAUAAAGGAGAAAAAUGUUUUGGUUCGCGACGGCGUUCUUGCCAACUGGUGAAUUUCUGAAUUUAAUGAUUCAAGCUUGUACAUGAGUUCAUGGCUCUGAGACAAGAUGAGGCCAAAAUAAGGGUCGGAAUUUUCAGAGUUCAUUUUGUUGUGAGUGAAAGGUGAUUUCGCUAAUACAGCUUUGUGAUACAGAAGUGGAGCAUUAUGAAGAAAAACAAUGAUUCGAGGGAAGGUCCACCACUGCCGCCAUCUCCCCCUCCUCCUCCCCCUCCCCCUCUUCCUCCUCGAUCUCCUCCUCCUCAAGCCCCAGCCCUACCACUUACUGAAGGAGAAGACUUACUUAAUAUUGAUAUUAAUGCAGAAGAAGAAAUGUGGGAUAUGAAUGAGUACACAGAGUCUUUAAACAAAUCAAAGUUUAAUUCAGCACCAGCUCUCCUCUCCAAACCCAAGAAGAAAGAAGCCAAGAAGAAAGUUGGUUUCAAAAAUGUGGAGGCAUUUGACGAAAAAGUUGAUGACCGAGUGCCACCACCGCCACGAAAAAAAAAUACCCAUGCCCCAGUUGAUACGCGGCCUCACAUUAAAACAGAAGACCUGCUUCUGGGCUUAAAAAAAUUGAAAAACACAACACACAGACUGUCGCACAGAACAAUUAGCCGUGCUGAUAUUUAUGACAAAUUCAAGGAAACUGACUUCAUUCCUCUUAACUUUGUUAUUGAUGCGCUGUGGAAGGAGAGCCUGGGCAGUCAGAGCAUGAUCACGCAGCUGAACCUUAGUGGAAUAGAACAACUCACUGACAUGUUCUUCAGCCUGUUUAGAGUGAAACGGAUAGAGCUACCUCAUCUCAGCUACAUCAACCUUAAUGGUUGCUGUAACAUAACGGAUUUUGGCGUAUACUGGAUUGUCCAGAAUUUACACCAGGUGACAUCACUGUUGAUGAAAGGCUGUACAGAAAUAACUGAGCGGUCUGUCCACUACAUCACUGAUGGAAGGAUGAAUUUACAAGACUGCCAUUUGGCAUCAACUAAGUGUCGAGCCAUUCCACUCAAAUUAGAGAAGACCCUUGGUCUAUUCAACUUUAAGUCAUGCCCGCUGAUUUCUCCCUCAACAGAGGCUUACACCACGCAUCCACAGACGAUGAUGCAGGGCUACUCCAGCAGUCAAAUGGACAAGACAGGUAACAACUUGAUAUAUCUUGAUAAGUACAAAGUGGUAAUCCUGAACGAGCCCAGGAACCGCAGCCUAGGGGAGUUAAUCACAAACAAGCCAAGUUCAGGGAAAGGGAUCCGGAUCUGGGAGAACUGGAAAGCAAAGGCUGACUCCUCAGUUACUCUAAAUGUGGUGGAGAUUAGCAGAGAAUCAAAAUUUGAGGGAUUAGUUAUGAGUAAUGGAGGAGUUGUCGUUCUUCCAUUCUCUGACAAGACACCAUCUUACAUCCAGAAAAUUUCCAACACCAUUCUCUCAGUCCUCAGUCAGUAUCCAGAGACGGGUUUUGUGAUUUGUAAUCCUGAAUAUGAUGAUACCUCGGCAACAGAACAUAAACUAAAGGACAUUAUACACAGGGUCAAGGACACUUUGACUGUUCUCAUGGAGAAACUCCAAGAAGAAUUGGAUGUGGAAAUCAAGGAUAAAUGGAGGCUAAAUGAGUUUAGAUUUCACGACCAGAUAGUGCAUACAGCAGGGAGGAAGUUAAUUCACCACCUUGAAAAAAUCAUUGCCAGAAAACACCAGAAGGAGGAUUCCUCUAAUCUUCUGACUUAUACGAUACUGGGCAAAGAGGAGAAGUGCUUUGACAGCAUUAGCAAUGUGAUCACAGACCUUCAGGACGUCUAUCCUUGGCAUGUGUUUCAUUAUUUUGCUCCCAUUGAAAAGCUCAUUAAACUUAAGUUCAAGCCUGAUAAAUUCAAAGGAAACUUUGGCUACCUGAAAUCAUUACUGGGUGCUGUUGAUGGACCUCCCCUCUCCAAUCUGAACAUGAAGGAUCCCUAUAAGGAAAUGAUUCAGGUCCUGAACCUCCGGUUUGAGCGGGGCAUGGGUGCAUUCUAUCCCGACGUCAGUGGCAAUCCAUGUAUGACAACUUUUUCAGUUCUUGAAAGCUUCUUGACAGGCAUUAUGGAAUCUCCUCCGCAGAACACGGGAUUCAUUAAGGGGCUAGGGAUAUCAGUGCCCUGCUAUAGAAGAGAGGACUUAGCAGUUAUAUUUGGACAGAGUAUGAAGAUAACAGUAACACUAAAAGGACUGGAGCUCUCUGACAGGGUGGAUUUAUGGCUUGAUAUUCUGGAGACUACAGGCUGUGUGAUGAAAUUUCCGUGUAACCUGAAGGGACCGGGCUAUGAGGACACCUUGGCCUAUGUGUUGUUUAGAGACAUUCCCGACCAUCCCCCUGUUUCCAUGGAGCAGUAUUGGCCAGAAGAAGUAGCAGAUUCAGAGAAACAAGCCCAGAAAUUUUACAAGUUUCCAACUCUGCCACCCAACUUUAUGUCUACACUUCUGCGGGAGUUCUCUUAUCUGCUCCAGUUCAUAGUCCUUUGGAAAUGUGGAUUUCUGUGUCAGCAGGGCCCAGUUUUUCAUCUUGUGGAGCUAGUGGAAACAGGAGAUUUCAUGACCAUCAUUGUCAGUAGCAGAAUACCAAUACCCCCUGUCAUCAAUGGGAAGGAUUUCUUGGAAGACAAUUCAGGACUCCAGAGCAUGUUGUGGAAUGGCUUCAAACAAAUUUGUUCCAUCCUCGAUGCUCACGUUCAUAAAUUCAGAAUCUAUGUGCAGAGAUAUUAUAAAUGCCUACAUUGUGUGCCCACUGGUAGUAGGUAUCAAGGUACUGACGAACAAAAGGUGUCACAGUUCUCAGAAUUAAAAAUUCUAGGCGGCCAUGAUCGUGGACUCAACUGUCAAAAGAAGAGCAGCUCAACAUCUGAGAAGGCUACUGUAACCCUAGCAGAUUAUUUUGGUCCAGACUUUCAGAGAAAUGAUAAACGACAUCUACCAAACCACAGCUGUUUUGAUGUGGAGUAUGAAAAAAUGAUAGAAGACACCGCGGCCACGAGGUCCAAUCAUACACGCUGUUUCAUGUGUGGAAACUGCUGUAGGGAAAGUGUCCAGUGUUACGGAAAUGUGGACAUAAUUGGCAAAACAAUGAGACAUUGUGGAUGUCUGUUACCCGGUUUCCUGUGCAAAUACUGUGGGAUUUGUCGAUUCUGUGUCCAGAGGUUGGCAAAAGCACAUUGCAUUACGAAUCCACAGUUUCAGUCAGAGGCUAUGUCUAAAACGAACGAGGAUCUGUCGCAGAAAGGCAAUUUUGUCUUUAUGUCAUCUCAGAGCGAAUACAGCUUCUCCCAGCCGAUGUCCGUGGAGUACUUUAGUCAUCUACGCAUAUGUCUGCACCGUGGACACUUCAUCCUGAAUAUGAUCUCGUCUUCAAACCGAGUGCAUGUCAAUUGUUUUGAAAAGUAUAUAAAACUGUUCAAAAACACUUCCCACAAGGAAACAGAGGAAAAUUUGUAUGUUUUGGCACCAUAUAAAAAUGGGGACAUCUAUGAUGUAUAUUUUGAUGUCAACAAGACUGACAUGUGUGAACAGUUCAUGAGAAUACAACAAAACCAGAAAACGGUGUUGGCCUUGCCAAUUCUGGACAGAAAUAUGACGGUGAUGAUUAAAUGUACCAGUCCUGGAAGUCUCACAAUGUGUUCAUUACAUAUGAUAGAAAUGCCCAAAAUUUCAACUGUGGCUCACGGAUUCACAGGAAGUGCCACGUUGAAGCUGAACAUCAUCAGUGGAAGUAGCUUGUAUGACGAAGAAAUUAGAGGUGACAUUUUGGCAGGCAGAAAGGAGGAGAACCUGAAACCAUUUUGUCAAGUGAAACUGAACAGUCAUGUGGUGUUUAAAACUAAAGUCAACAAUACAUCAAAACCCAGAUUCAUUGAAAAGACGGAGUUCCAAAUUGAUGAUCCCGACAGCGUUGUGGAAAUUGAAGUGUAUGAGUAUGACCACAUUGAGAGCAUUCUUUUGGGAGUUGUCAUUUUAACAGUACAACAGCUGAGAGAACUGACCAAUCAGGAGGAAUCAAAAUUUCAUCACUUGAAUGGGACACGGAAUGGAAAAAUAAACCUGAAGUGUAGCUUGAUCUUCGAUGACAAGGACAAUGAGAAGGUUUUGUCCAAGAAAUUCUCCAACUCCCGUGGUGACACAUACUUUCCAAAGUGCUGCACAUGGGUACCGACAGUGGCUGAAGCAAACAUUGCACAAAUGGCUGAUGUCCUAGAAGAGAAGAUGAACAGUAGAGAUCAGGUUUCCAAUAUUCAAGGAGCUGUUUUGUUGGUGCUGCCCAAAACAAUCACAAAGGAGAUGGUACUCUUUCCAAAGUGGCACUCCAUGGAGUUAGAUGAAAUGAGAUUCCAUCCCAUGUGUACUUAUAGAUUGGAGAACAGUCGUAUGAACAGUGGUGAGGAUGACACUUGGGAAUGGCAUUUGAUGGAUGCUCCAGGGUUUGAGAUGCCUGAAAACAAUAUCUCGCGUUCCGCCUUCCUGUGGGUUACACAGUGUAUACUACUGAAUUCCCAAACUAAGUUGGAGCUAACAAGCUAUGGGAAAUUAUUUCCAGCAUUAGCACAAGAGUCUUGCAUUGAUGCUGAUAUGAUCCUGAGAUGUUUAUUCUCCCUUCUGAACUUUUCCUCUGUGUACAGUCAUAUCGUGAGAGGUCUGGAUUACAAUGUCAAGCAUUUCCUGAAAUCCAGAAAGACUGCAGCAAAGAGUUCCAAGUUUGUCCGUAAACUGGUGUCCGAACGUGUAGAUGUUUGCGGGUUUGAUGUUGUGCCCAGUUUCUUUAACACCAAAAAUUUCCUGUAUCUCUGUCCAGCACAUAAUUCAGCAUACAUUCGAGCCAAAGGAGUUUCUCAAGUUCGGAUGGCAGGCUUUGACACAUACAGCAAGUUUAUUCAGAAUCUGAUAUUGACAAAGAACAAUCUGACAACACUCCCAGAUGCUCUGUUUUCCUCUCUAAAACUGCUGAAAAUUGUGGAUCUCUCGAACAAUAUUCUAGAAACUCUCCCAGAGACUAUAGGGCAGUGCAGCCAGCUUGAAAUCCUGAGACUGAAUGAAAACAACUUAACUGACCUUCCUAUGGAGCUGUCACAGUGUGGAAACUUGGUGGUGUUGAACAUUUCCAGGAACAUGAUGGAUCAUCUUCCCCUUGUGAUCCCGCAGUGCUCGAACAUUGAGCAGCUGUUCAUAAAUGACAUGUUUCUGACUGAGCUUCCAGAGGAUAUAGGCAACUUAGACAAUCUGGAGACCCUUUAUGCUAAUGGAAAUUGUUUCACCUCCCUACCUGACAGUUUUAGUAUGCUUCAGCGGUUGAGUGACCUCUCCUUACGUGGGGUCAUCUGGUUCGUCAGUUCGCCCUCUUACAUAAUGUCCAGAGAACGCUUCAAUGAGCUCCUCGAGGUCCAUGGACUUAUCAGGUGGCUGGAUGCCCAUAAUGAGGACAAAGAGGAAUUGUUCAAGUUCUUUGAUGAGGAUGGGAACGGAAUUAUGGACAAUAACGAGAUUGGGAGACUAAAUGCUACCAUAUACAACAUCUUCCCCAGAUUUGGCUACAAAGGAAGAGAAUUACCAGAUGAGAACUCUGACAGUGGAUUUCCUAUGCAGAUUCUCAUGAUUCAGAAUCUCCGAUACCUCAACCUAUCCUAUCAAGGACUGGUACACAUUCCGGAUACCAUCUCCUUCCUUAGCUGCCUCCAACACCUCGUCAUCAGCUACAAUCCUCACCUCCUCAACAUUGCGGCAGAGGUCGGCAGUCUUCCUCUUUUAUCCUUGGAAAUGGCUGAGUGUCCUAUACUGAAGACUCCACCAAAAGAAAUUCGAAGCCAGGGCUUCACGGCAAGCUUUGCCUACCUCAGACGUUUGUUGUCAGGGUCAGUGGAAUGUAAGAGAACCAAGCUCAUGUUGGUGGGUCUGGGAGAAGCCGGGAAGACAAGUUUGGCUAGGGCUCUCCAAUCAAACAACCUCACUUCCAGCCUUACAGGGCACGAGACGAUCACAGACGGUAUUGACAUCUCUACAUGGAAGAUAUCCAAAGACAACGAGGAGAUCUCGUACAGCGUCUGGGACUUUGCUGGCCAGACAGUUUACUACAACACACACUAUUUUUUCCUGUCCAAUAGGGCAGUCUACUUCCUAGUUUGGAAUGUCAGGCUUGGACAUGAGCAUGCAGGACUUAAGUUCUGGCUUAGUUCCAUCUCAGUCCAUGCCCCCAAGGCUCCGGUUCUUAUUGUAGGAACUCAUGUCGACCAGGUUUCCAAGAUUGAGCUGCCCAUGGAGGAAUUGAAGGCAUCUUUCAAACAAAUUCAAGGAUUCUUCUUCAUAAGUUCCUUAACUGGGCAGGGCCUUGAAGAACUGAAGGAGAAACUGGUAUCUGUGACUUUGACCCAGGGAUAUAUGGGAGAGUCCAUUCCAAUGGCAUGGUUGGAGUUGGAAGACAUCAUUAAAAAACUGAAGACAAAGACAAAGAUGGACACUAUAGAUUACAGUCAGCUCUUUAAGAGAGCCAGUUUGGCUGGCAUUGUAGAGGAAAAGGAGUUUGCAGAGGCAGUGACCUUUCUUCAUGACCUUGGAUCACUCCAGCACUUUGGUGGAAAUGAGUACUUACAGUCCAAAGUAGUGAUCAAUCCACAGUGGAUUGUGGAUGUUAUGGCAUGUGUGGUGUCGGUCAAGGAGAGCCCAAUCAAGAAUGGAAGACUUAACCAUAAAGAUCUGAACAUAGUGUGGAAGGAUUACCCAGAGUCCUUGCAUGAGUGGCUGUUACGCUUGACUGAGGAGUUUGAUCUGACCUUCUUCAUUCCCCCAGAAGAUGGCUCAGAAGAGAAAGUUAAUCUGGUUCCAUGUCUUUUACCAGAAACUAAACCCAAGUUUGAAUGGCCAGAGCCUGAUAAAAAGAAGGGGAUCACAGAGACGAAAAUGAUGUACCUGUUUGAUUACCUUCCGGCUGGACUCUUCAACAGAGGACAGGUGAGAUUGCAGGAGUAUUCUGACUACUAUAUUAUCUGGAAAAAGGGAUCUUACUUAAAGAAAGAUGGACAGAUAGCCUUACUACAGCAACUCAAGGACACAGAAAUGGUUGUCAAAGUCCAAGGCAAGAUGCCAGAGAUUGUUCUGUUCCAUAUUCACGAGGUGUUUGAGAGUCUGAUUCUGGAAGCCUACCAGGGGGUGAAUUAUGAUUUCACAAUCUCCUGCCCCGACUGUCUGAAGCAUUCGACCAAGGACCCCCACAUGUUUCUAGCAUCUACCAUACGCAGGGCAAUAGAGCUGAAGGCUCCUUUUCUGCAGUGUAUGGCCUACUUCCAUACCAUCUCUGUUGUGGACUUGCAAUCUGUAAUGCCUCCAACAAGCAACAACGAUUUUGAUGUCCACAUUCAGAAAGCAGUCAGUGGCUUACAGGAUCUACGGCGCAACAUGAAAAUAGAUCUUUUCCUUUCCUACUGUGUUGCUGAUGCCCCUGCUGAUGACAAAAAUGUCAUUCAUCCCGCUCAAGUUUACCGAGACUUGAAGAAUGCAGGAUACACAUGUUGGUUUCCGGAGGAGAACAACCGGUACUCUACAGACCUAAUGGCCAGAGCUCUCAUGGACUCCACAAUCUUUGUCGUGUUUAUUUCCACCAGCUACGCAAAGGACCGAUCUUGUACGGACAUUUUGAAGUAUGCUAAACUGACCCUGGGGAAGCCGAUGGUGGUGAUUGUAGUGGGAGAGGAUAACUUCACCUGGAGGAAAACCAACCUGGGCCUACUGCUGCCUGAUGUGUCUUUUGUCAACAUGAUUAAUUCCAAGAAGUACAACUAUGACAGCAAGUUCCAGGAGCUCCUUGGAAAGUUGGAUGAGCUGAUGAACUUAUCUGUAAAUGCCAAACACAGAGAGAGCCCGGAAUGUUUUAUCAGUUACUGCUGGAAAAACUCAGCACAAGCUGUGGAACUGGGCACCAGGGCUGGUCCCACAUCACUGGGAUUUGGAGAUCCAAGACAGAUCAAAACUUACCUGGAGGACAACUCUAUCAGAUGUUGGAUUGAUGUGGAGAGGAUUGGAAUGAAUGGGUUGUUUGAUGAGAUAGCGAAAGGUUUACUGGAGUGUAAAGUAAUGGUGGCCUGUAUUUCUGAUGACUACGUGGAUUCUCCGAGCUGCUGUAAAGAGUUCCGGUAUGCAUGUACUGUCCUGAACAUCCCUAUGAUCAUCUGUGUAGUGGGCACUGGUCACAGGUGGAGGCGGAGUGAGGUGGCCAUUUUGUCUGUGAACAGCCCUGUGGUUAGUUUUCAGUUGGAGAGUGAAGAAGCAUACUCCAAACUUUUACAGCUGGUAGAGGGAGCCCUGGAGUCCUGUGACAGGGGCAAAACAGACAGCAAGGAGAAGAAUGAGGGGUCGUCUGACCAGGAGAGAGAUGUCCAGUUCAAGGAGUUGUACGAGCUGGCUCAGAGAAAGUUUUUACGGCAGAUAACAACAUAUGCUACAAAUCACGAUGUUGAACCCUAUCCUCGCCUCUUUUUUGCAGAUGUUGUUCCCCCUGAGGACAACACUCAGACCUUAUCAGUUGAAGAAAAACUGGAAAAUAAAGAUCCGAAUCUAGAGAAGGGUGAAUUGGAGAUCACGAGCCAGGGGUUCCAAUCACGAAGAUUCUGUAUCCAUAUCCUGUGCGAAUGUGACAAGGGCUGGCACAAUGUGGACGAACCUAUGAUGCUCCCAGAAGAUUUUGGGACAGAAUACUUGAAGAAAUAUGCCCCAUACUUAUCUCGAAUCACGGCCAUAAUGAAACACAGCAAGAACUAUGUGAUGAACUGCAUGACAGACAGCGACGGCCAGGACUACAUGAAGUGGCUGUUUGAGUCAGCUGAUGCGAUCCUGCCUGACUUUAUGGAAGAUUACCAGAACCUCAGGGAGCUGGUGAUGGAGAUGGACUCUCACAAGACAUACGGGCUUCUGUCUAGAUGCCGCCUUUCUAGUGGGAAGAUUAUCUGGUUAUGUGAGAAUCACAUCAAAGAAAUGAAAGUGACUGUGCUGGCUAAAGACGCUGUAGCCAAACAAAAGAAGGCCACCGAUCCCCAGCGGCCAGAGUACAUCGCCGAGUGGCUUCGUCAAGUGGACGCUGAAAAACUGGCCAAGAAAUUCGACUCUUCUAUAAAAGUCAAGAGAAAAUUCAAUCAGAAACUUGUGGACAAAGCUUUGAUUACUGCAGAUGGUAUACGGCAGGAGAUGGGCUUCUUCAAUAAAGAACUCGGCCAACAAAUUCUGAGUCAAAUAUCAGAUGGACUGACUCCUGGGCAGAUAAAGACAAAAUCUCUAGAGACCCGGAAAGUUUUACGACACGGAUCAGCAGUCAGGAAAAAAGAGGUCCAAAACUCUGAGGCGGUCCUAAAACGCCAUGCCACUACCACGACUGGAGAAAACACCACUGGCAAAUCAGUCACAUCUCCUUCACAAUCUUCUAGGGGAUCCAGUCCUAAAAUAAAAAGGCCUACAAGUCAGGCUUGUAGUGUUAUGUAAUUACCUCGAUCCAAUGUCGUGACCUCGAAACAAACAUCAAAAUAAUAUCUGUGAUAUCUUGACUUUGUUUAUAUCAGUGGUCAUAUGUGUUAUGGAAAGAGAUUUGAUAAUAAUUGUCCAACAGCUGACAUUGAAAUGCAUUUCCUACUGCAGACUUGGACACUCUCGUGUUUAUCAGUUGGUAGUAUGAUUUAAUUGUUAUUUUGGGUUAUAGAUAAAUUUGUACAGAUUAAUUAUAAGUUUAUGAACUGCAAACCAUAAUCUACACCAAGUCAUGUUUUUAUGACCCAGUAACAUUCAUUGCUAUUUAAUUCAGUCCUUGUUAUUCCAAUCAUCACUUUAUAAGUGUGCCUUUACAUAUGAGUUACCAUGAUUUCUAAACAAAAAAAAUGUCAAGCAUGAGUAACGUCAAAAUAUUUUACACAGCAUAUUAUGCUAUUGAAAAAAUAAACCAUGAUGCCAAUCAAACUGCAUGUUUGAAACAAAAUUUAUUUGAUCUUAAAUAUCUAGUUUAAAGAUUUUGCUUUGGUAUAUUGUUUCCAUUAUUGCUACUUAUUAGUUUUUUUGCUCAGAAGAGAUUAGUUUAGUGAGAGAUAGGAAGUUUAGUGGAAAAUUAUCGUAUUUCAUGUUUUUAUUUAUUGCAAACUUUAUAUGUGUAUGUAAUGUGGUGUUUAAUUUAUUAAAAUUUACAAUAUUUUUUGCUCAAAAAAAUGCAAAAGUUAUCAAUAUAGCUAGAUAUUUCUGUGGAUUGCACCAGUAUGUUAAGGUCUUCUAUUGUUUUUGCUAUUUUUAUAGUACUUGUUUUAUUAUAUAGAAGACAUCCGUCCACGUAAAACAUGAUAUUAUUUAUUAUAUAUCUUACUCCAUAGUGGGGUUUGUUUUUUACAAAUAUAAUUGUUUUUUGAAAACAUUUUUUAAAAUUGCUUUACAAAUUACUAUCAAUGUUCAUGAUUGGGUAGUACAUCCUGAAAAAUAUUAUGGGCACCAUAUAGAGAAUGCUACUGCAGAUACUGGAUUCGAUCUUCCUACAGUGAUGAAAGUUGCAUGAAUAUGACCCUUGUUGAUUUCUGUAUCCAGAGGUCAAGGUCACAGUGAUUAAAUCUAACAAUGUAGUAAAGUUACCAGUCCAGUUUUUGUGUGUUGCAGAGAUGUCAGGUAGAGAAAUAUUAAUAAAUAUCCUUAUUGAUGUCCAUAGGUCAAGGUCAAAUACAGUGAUUAGCCAAAAGAAUGUUUUGACACCACGUAUAGAGUACUACACUAAAGUGUCUCAAGUUACUCAAGAGAUGAUGGGUCUAGUUGAAAGAUCAUUAUGGAUUACUGCACGGUCAAAAGGUCAUAAAUUGAGGUAACAAACACCAAUUGGAUGUAACAAUAUAAACACCAUAUAAAAAUCUUCUGCUCAUAUUUGCAACAUAAAUGACAGGAAGAAUAAGAAUAUCACAUUGCUUUAUCUGUUUUAAGCUUGUAGGACAAGACCACAAUCAGCAAUUAAAUACACCAAAGUUUGUGGAUACCAAGAUCAAAGCAUAUUAAUCUAAGGUUUGAUUAUAGGACCUGUUGAAUGAAGCAUGUUGUGAGGGAAUACCUUUCAUGGUGGUUCCCCUUAAUUUACAUAAUUUUGUUUGUUUUACAUGUAAAUUGAAAGUGCAUCUUGGCCAAAAUAUAUUGAAGUCGUGAAUUUCAUGGAUGGGUACUAGACUUGUAAUUAAAUGUUUUAAUGUUGAAUACUGUAUAUGUAUUUUUCCAUAGGGCCACAUUAAACCUUUAUCUAGAAGAAUUGGUUGUAAACAAUGCAAGUAUGUGGUGACAAUGGCUACACAGGUAUAUAACACAUUUAGUGUAGCCCGGUGGUAUGAAUGUCUUGAACUCCUAAGGAACUGUUACAUCACAAUCUGGAUAACCCGAAAGAGAUGUCACGGAAAGAUUUUUUAUAUUUCUGUAAACAAAAUAUACAUUACAGGUAUCUUUACAACUUUUUAAUAUACUAUAGUAGCCUAUAUGACGUACAAUAGAUUGUUUUUAAUAUACUAUAGUAACCUAUAUGAUGUACAAUAGAUUGUUUUUAAUAUACUAUAGUAGCCUAUAUGAUGUACAAUAGAUUGUUUUUAUAUCACUUUAUUUCAUGUAUGAAAUCGUUCUUUUAGUUUACUUUGAUUUGAAAGCAACUUGGAAGGGAUUUCUCAAACAACACAAUCAGUAAUGCUAUGUCACAUUUAAAUCAGUACUUCAUAUUACGUGGCAGGUUAGUGCUAUAAGUGAAGUCCGCGUUAUAACACAAUAAAUCUUAUAUAACAC